CCCGGCGAGCCGAAAAAUAACUAUCAAAAAUGGCGUGUGCCCGACCUCUCAUCUCGGUGUACUCCGAGAAAGGAGAAUCUGUCGGCAAAAACGUAUUGAUGCCGGCAGUCUUUAAGGCCCCGAUUCGCCCUGAUGUUGUAAACUUUGUGCACACCAACAUGCGCAAGAACAACCGUCAGCCAUAUGCUGUGAGCGAGCUGGCAGGUCACCAGACCAGUGCAGAGUCCUGGGGAACAGGAAGAGCUGUGGCCCGUAUUCCACGUGUGCGAGGUGGUGGUACUCACCGCUCUGGCCAGGGUGCUUUUGGAAAUAUGUGCCGUGGUGGUCGCAUGUUUGCCCCGACUAAAACCUGGCGCCGUUGGCACCGCAGGAUCAACACACCCCAGAAGCGUUACGCCAUCUGCUCUGCCCUGGCUGCCUCUGCCAUUCCUGCACUCGUGAUGUCCAAAGGGCACCGCAUUGAAGAAAUCCCUGAAGUCCCAUUGGUGGUUGAAGACAAAGUUGAGGGCUACAAAAAGACUAAGGAGGCAGUGCUGCUGCUGAAGAAGCUUAAAGCCUGGAAUGACAUCAAGAAGGUAUACGCCUCCCAGCGCAUGCGUGCGGGCAAGGGUAAGAUGAGGAAUCGUAGACGUAUCCAGCGCAAAGGGCCGUGCAUAAUCUACAACCAAGAUGCUGGUUUGACUAAAGCCUUCAGGAAUAUUCCAGGCAUCACUUUGCAGAACGUGAACAAACUGAACCUCCUGAGACUUGCUCCCGGUGGUCACGUUGGGCGCUUCUGCAUCUGGACAGAAAGCGCUUUCCGCAAGUUGGAUGACCUGUACGGCACCUGGCGUAAGCCUGCCACCCUGAAGGUUGACUACAACCUUCCAAUGCAUAAGAUGACUAACACAGACCUAAGCAGGAUUCUGAAGAGCGAGGAGAUCCAGAAGGCACUUCGUGCCCCCAACAAAAAGAUCAACCGCAGAGUAAUGAAGAAGAAUCCUCUGAAGAACCUGAAGAUUAUGUUCAAGCUGAACCCGUAUGCCAAGACAGUAAGACGUCAUGCCAUCCUGAAGCACGACCCGACUAUCAAGGCCAAGAUGCUGAAGCCCAAGAAAAGAUCUGCAAAGAAGAAGGGAGCUGAAAAGCCCAAGGCAUGAACAUACAGACUAGAGUUCAUUCAAUAAACCAGUUUCAAAUGGA